AUGCUCAAAAAAAUUUUUUUGUGGACAAAUUUUUGGAAUUAUAUCUUUUUAGAAUUCUUUCUUGUCUUUUUUAUUCAGCUUUUUAAAAAGGCUAGGAAAAUCAUGUUUAAAUUCUUUAUCUAUUGAUAUUUUAAAGAAACCUCUUUUUGGAGAACUAUGUCCAUAACUGAAAUUAGAAACAGAUCUUCUAUUCCUUCAGUUUCUAUAAGUUAUUUUCCAUUCUUACUGUAA